AUGGCUACAAAUUAAUAAAAAAAAGAUUAAAAUGAAGUUAAAUAUAUAGACUUUCAUUUGAUAUCUGAAUAUACAUAUAACUUAAUCUAAAACAUAUUAAACUAAACUAACACAUUUAAAUGCAUAAACGAGGAAGAAUCGGACUCUGAAAUAAACGAAGAAGAAGAUGAUGAAGAAGAAGAUGAUGAAAAAGAAAUAGAGGAAAAAUAAGAAAAAGAAGAAGGUAAAAUAUAAGAAUGA